AUGACAUUAUUCACGGCGGCGGUGGUAGGGGAGCCCUUCCAACUGCCCAACUGUACCUGUCGAAUAGCUCACGAUGAUAUGAAUCUCUUCAAUGCCAUCACAAUCAUCGGUGUUCUACCAGUCCUGGCCUCAAUUGGGCUAGCCUCAAACAUGGUUAACACCUGGGUAUAUCAACGUGGAACGACGUCGGCCGAACGUUACCUGAUGGCGUUGUCGUUGAGUGACUUUGGCGUCUGUGCCAGUGGAAUUUUAGUGAUUGCGGCCGACUCCCUGAGGGCACACAACUUUUACAUCGACCAGAUUUUUGUGAUUUUACUACCAAAACUAAUCCCAUUUGGACUGUUCUUCCAGAUGACGAGUAUUUAUGUUACGGUGGCGGCGGCUGUCGAUUGUUAUGUUGCGGUUUGUCGGUAAGAUUUUUAAAAGUUUCUUCAAUUUGCGCUAGCCUUUCACUAGGGUUAAUUCAAACUUUCUUUAGACUGGAGCGGAUUUAAAGUCUAGGGCGGGGUUUAUAAGGCUUGGCUGAACUUUUAAGGCUAGAGUGGAUUUUUUAGUUUAGGACGGAUUUUAAGUCUAUGGUGGGUUUUUAAGGCUUGGGUGAAUUUUUUAGGAUAGAGGGGAUUUUUUAGGCUAGGGUGGAUUUUUUAGGAUAGAGGGGAUUUUCAGGCUAGGGUGGAUUUUUUAGGCCAGGGUUGAUUUUUUAAGGUUCGGGUGAAUUUUUUAAGGCUUGGGUGGGUUUUUGUAAGCUAGGGUGGGUUUUUUAGGCUAGGUUAUGAUUUUCUUGAGCUAGGGUAGAGUUCUUAAGAUUAGGUUGGGUUUUUAAGGCUAGGGCAGAGUUUUUUUAGCAUAUGGUGAAUUUUUCAAGGCUAGGAUUGAUUAUUUAAAACCAAAGUGUAUUUUUAAGGCUAGGGUAUUUUUUAAGGCUAGGAUAUAUUUUUUCAAAGUGGGCGAGAUUUUUAAAGCUAGAGUAACAUUUUGUAGUCUAGGGUGGAUUUUUGAGGCUAGUUUAGAUUUUUUUCAUAUUAGGGGAGAUUGUUAAGACUACGGUGGAUUUGUCUAGCAUGUAUUUGUUAAGACAAGGGUGGAUCUUUUUAGAAUAGAAGAUUUUUUUAGGCCAGGGUAGAUUUCAAGGAAAAAAGUAAGUGCAGGGGUAGGACAAGGACUAACGUUAGAGCUACGGCUUGGGCUAAGGCUGCGCUAGGACAAGGACCCGCGUUAGUGCCAAGGUUAGGAUUUGCAGUGCAAAAAAUAAGCUGCUUUUUUAAAAUUCAAACGUUUUUUAAAUUUAUAUAAGUUUAUUCACUAUGCGUAUUUUACCUUCUCUUCUCCUUUCAGGCCAUGUGUUUGCUUUCCAAACAAGUUUCGUCGCUACUGCUCAAUCGAAAAUGCCAACAAAAUCCUGACUUUUGUCAUAAUAUCGACCGCUCUCUACAAUAUCAUCCAAUUCGGCGAGCUCGAAGCCGUACGAUGCUACUCAGUAGCCAUGGACAUACCCCUCUACGAGCUCUGUCCCACUGCUAUGCGGCUUAACAUGGAGUAUAUUACGAUUUACCGUGGUUAUAUGUACACAAUAUCGAUGGCAUUCUUCCCCUUUGCUGCACUAUCAGUACUAACGGUACUAAUAAUGUGCGAAAUGCAUCGUCGCAAGGAUUCGGUAGCUCAUGAGGUUCAAGUCGAGACAUAUAAGGAGUUCACUGAGAUCCCAGAAGAUUCUGUGCACGAUGCUGGUAGCCCGGUGGUGCUGGUACUGGUGGUGGUACUGAAUUUGGGAUGCAGUUUCAUCAGCUUGCUGGUCAAUGUGUGCGACAUGUUUGAGGGGUAAGAAAUUUCUUUACAAAACGAAAAAUAGUAAGAACUUUCUUUACAAACUUAGAAAUGGCAAGAAGUUUCUUUCCAAAACAAAAAAUUGCAAGAACUUUCUUUACAAACUCAUAAAUCGCGACUUUCUUUACAAGUGAAAAAAUGGCAAGAACUUUCUUUACAAAGCAAAAAAUGGCAAGAAAUUUGUUUACAAAGCAUGAAAUGACAAUAACUUUCUUUCCAAAACAAUAAACUUUCAAAAACAACAUCAAAUCUCAUUGGAUUUACAUUAACCUUGAAGUAUAUGCCUAAGUAUAUGAAUAUUAAUGUAUAUUAAUGUCAAUUCCUUUCAGAGCCCUAACUCAUGACGUUCAGAUGGCAUUAAUAGACAUUGGUAACCUAUUAGUCGUGUUCAAUGCCACAGCCAACUUUAUCAUCUACGCCGCCACUUCACCAACAUAUAGAAGUAGAGUGAAGCAACUCUUCUGUGUACCAUCAAGACUACCUACCAAGACUCCGGUUUAG